AUGUUGGGACGUGGAGCUAGAAGAAGCAUUGUCAGAUUGGCGCAAUUGCCUAUGCGGAGGGCCCCCAGUGUGCGUUUGAACAGCACGUCCGCGCCCGUGGACCCAAAAAUCUCGAAAAUUGUGGAAGACAUCUCGAAAUUGACCCUGUUGGAAACAAGUUCGUUGAUUAGCGAGUUGAAAACGCAACUAAAUAUCCCAGACAUCGCGAUGCCAGUGGCAGGCGCAGCCCCUGCAGGUGGAAGCGCCCCAGCUGCUGCCGAAGAGGCCAAGGAAGAAGAGGUCAAGGAGGAGAAGAGCAUCUUUGCCAUCAAGCUAGAGUCCUUUGACGCCAAAUCGAAGCCAAAGGUCAUCAAGGAGGUGAAGAACUUACUUGGGUUGUCGCUUGUGGAGGCCAAGAAGUUCGUGGAGGCCGCUCCUAAGGUGCUAAAGGACAACGUGGCCAAGGAAGACGCCGACAAGAUCAAGGCUGCAUUGGAGGCCCUGGGUGCCAAAGUCACCUUGGAGUGA